AUGAAAUCAGUCCGAGACAUUACCCUGAGGGAGUUAGAGCUAGGUAUUGAAGGCGGGGCUUCAUGGCAUCAGCAAUACGCAACCAGUGCUUAUAUAUUCAUAGGUGGGUUGGACUAUGAUCUGACUGAAGGUGAUGUUUUGUCUGUGUUUUCUCAGUAUGGAGAGAUUGUAAACAUUAAUCUAGUGAGGGACAAGAAAACUGGAAAGUCGAAAGGUUUUUGUUUCAUCGGAUAUGAGGAUCAGCGAAGUACCAUACUGGCAGUUGAUAACUUCAAUGGCAUUAAGGUUUGUGGAAGAUCAAUACGUGUUGAUCAUGUGCAGAAUUACCGAAGACCAAAAGAUGAACACGGGAAUGAAAUCAUUGAAAAAG